UUCUAUGGCGAUUUGACGCUUUGUUAUGAUGAUAGGGACUAAACAGUACAGGAGGAGUCACUAUCCAUGUCAAGUGUGUUAGUGGGCCAUAAAAUACAUUUAACGGCUGCUAGUUCCUUUGUGAGUCAAUGGUGAAAACCGGGCAUUUCCCAGCUCAGCACUGGAAUCCUCCACCCAUGUCUUUCUCAGAUGUAGCCGAUGAAAUGGAGUACGAUGAGAAACUUGCACUAUUUCGCCAAGCUCGCCUCAAUCCGUUUGAUCGAGGAGAGGAUGAUCGUCCCCCAGAAGGCAAGACACCACUACAGCAUGCAGCGAGGCCUGAGCUGUUUAAUGUGACCAGGACUCCCAGCUCAGAUCGGACGAUGGAUCUCGGUCUAGCUGAGGAUCACUUCUCAAGGCCCGUAGGUUCUUUUGUAGCAUCAGACAUCGAGCAGCUGAAAAUGGCCAUAGAGGAGUGUAAGAAGCUGAUCCUGGAACUGCCAGAGCAUUCAGAGAGACAGAAAGACACUGUGGUCAAACUGAUUCACCUGCGGCUCAAACUGCAGGAGCUGAAGGACCCUGAGGAAGAUGAACCAAAUCUGAGGAUUCUGCUGGAGCACCGCUUCUCCAAAGAGAAGAGCAAAAGUGUGAAACAGACCUGUGACAAAUGUAGCACCAUCAUCUGGGGACUGAUCCAGACGUGGUAUACCUGCACAGGAUGCUAUUAUCGUUGCCACAGCAAGUGUAUGAACCUGAUAACGAAACCCUGCGUCAGGUCAAAGGUCAGCCACCAGUCUGAAUAUGAACUCAGCAUCUGCCCAGAAAUAGGACUGGAUCGACAGGACUACCGCUGUGCAGAAUGCCGUGCGCCUGUUUCACUCAGAGGUGUGCCAAGUGAAGCCAGACAAUGUGACUACACAGGACAGUACUACUGCAGCACAUGUCACUGGAACGACACCGCUGUCAUCCCAGCUCGUGUCAUCCACAACUGGGAGUUCGAACCACGCAAGGUUUGCCGCUCCUCGAUGCGAUACCUGGCACUGAUGAUAUCGCGGCCUGUGCUCAAGCUGAAGGAAAUCAACCCGCUGCUAUUCAACUUUGUGGAGGAACUGGUUGAGAUUAGAAAACUUCGUCAAGACAUUCUUUUGAUGAAACCCUAUUUUAUUACUUGCAAAGAGGCGAUGGAGGCUCGACUGCUGCUGCAGCUUCAAGAUCGUCAGCACUUUGUUGAGAACGAUGACAUGUACUCGCUGCAGGAUCUAAUCGACAUCUCCACCGGGAGACUCAGCUGUUCGCUCACAGAGAUCCACACCACAUUCGCUAAACACAUCAAACUGGAUUGCGAGCGCUGUCAGGCCAAAGGAUUUGUUUGUGAGCUCUGUAAGGAGGGAGACAUCCUGUUCCCUUUUGACAGUCACACCUCAGUUUGUCACGACUGCUCUGCAGUCUUCCACAGAGACUGCUACUAUGACAAUUCCACUACUUGUCCAAGAUGCGCCCGAAUGACUGAACGCAAACAGGACGACAUCCCAGAUGAGAAAGAAGCAUAGUGUUGUGUUGUGCUUCACCUCAUGAAUUACCAAGUGCAAUCAGAUUAUUCAAACCAGCUUCUCAUGUUCAUUUUUACGUUGUCUUUUCUGUGCACUGCAUUUAGUAUGACGGUACAUGUGGAUGUUUGUACUUUAAUAUUGAUUUGAUAAAAAACUGAAUGUGUCUGCACUUUGUGUGUGGGGGUGUGUGUGUGUGUGUGUGUGCGCGUCCACUUGCUGAGGAGGACAAACUCAAGAGAAAUUCAACGCCAUCAGUUUUGAUCUUGCAUGUUAACUCUUAUGAGCUGAUGUAUUAAUCCAAACAGCCAACUCUACAGAGUGUUAAACUGUAAUAAGGUGGCAGUUUUUCCAUAUCUGUUUACAAAUUUGUUAUGCUUAAUAUAUGUUGCUUUUUUCUGUUAUCAGUGUAGUUGCUGCCUGUUACCCAGUAGGUGCUGGGAUUAACUCCCCUCUGACCUUAAUUUAAAAAUGUGACAACAUUUAGUUCUAAUUAUAAUGAUAAUAUGUCACAAGCACUUCAGCAUUCCUUCACCGUUUGCCUCUUUAAUGCCAACAGACAGUAAAAUUGGGUGAUUUGUUUAAGGUAAAGCUGAUAAAGGAUUUAUUUCUUUUUAAAAUGUUAUUGUUUUCAAAACUGUGAAUUUAUAUUUUGCCUGGUUGUUGGACCUUUUUGUUCAGUUUUGCUAAAUGCAGUGCUGCAAUUGCUGUUGGUCGUGCAUGAUGCAGGGUGUUGUAUUUAGAGCUGCCAUCCAAACGUCUUAAAAGGUUGUAUAUGCUUCAAAAAGUAGUUACAACACGUUUUGUAUGCUAUGUCUUAUAAUCUCUAUAAAUGUAUAUGUCGGAAGAAAGUUAUCUAACGUGUAAAAUGUGGCCCGUAACAUUUUUUUAAGAAAAAACAUUAUGGCUUUAUUGUUAUAUUUACUAAUCAAUGUGCAUAUUGUAUUGCAUGAAUAAAGCAGAUGAAUCAA